ACCCCGUUGCGCCCGAUCCCCAGCAGCGUUAACGUGGGUAAGUGAUAUACGGGAUCCUUGAGACGUCCAUACCCUAAACCAUAAUUUAACCAUAACCCUUACCUAACCAUUUAAAAUGUCAACGGGGUAAUUCCAGAGGUGGGACGUCCCAAGGAACCCGGAUAGCACGGACCGUUUAACGCGAGCGAAGAGGACACAGUGGCAUAAAUCAGCAGCUCAGAAAAUCAAGAGAUCAAAAUGAUGCUGCUGCUGGUGAAAAGGGAUUAAACGGAAUAAAUCUUUCGUCAGUGGAAAAUCCAGCGUUCAUGAGGUUACUGUUCCAGUUUUCUGUUUUUGUAACCAGUGCAUUUUAUCCGGGUUUUUGGUCAGGUUGGCGUUUUAAUGACGAAUGUAUCGUUUUCAAUUUCCAUAGGAAAACACUGGAUGCACGCAGCCUAAAACAAUACCGUCGUUUUAAAAAUUCUCUUCUGCUAUUCAAUUCUAGUCGGCACGGCACACAGGCUCACCGUCUCCCCAACAUAAUUGACUGUCAGUGAGAACGGAUCAAUUUGUGCUGACAACCGAGGAAAGGAAAGAAAAAUAUGUCGUUGCUGAGCAGCGGUUGUGAUGCUUGACUGAUCAUGAUGAAGACCGAUUCCUCAUCUUCCAAAAGCACCGGCUCCGGUUCGACGUUGAGGAGCCCAUCCCCGCACCGGAACGCAUACGAGGCGGGGAUGCAGGCGCUGAGGCCUGCCAAGGACAAUGCUGCAAAAGGCGAUCAUAUGCAGGAAGGCCCCCGCGGCCGCAGGAGUUAUGGCUCCAAUGUGCACCGUAUCAAGAACAUGUUUCAGCAGAUGCAAGGCCCAGGGAGCACAUCUCCCUGCCUGGAGGGAGGGGAGGACCCAGAGAAGACUACUGAGAGAGUGCGUCUCUCCCUCCCCAGAGCCGGUAGCCUGAAUGAGAAUGUGGACCACAGCGCCUUGCUGAAGCUGGGAUCCACUGUUUCAGAGCGGGUUAACCGGUUUGACCCUAAUGCCAAAGCGGAGAAUGGGCAGGCUCUCCAAGCUUCUUCACCCAGCUACUCCAAGUUGCAGGGGACACGGAAGAUUUUGGAACAACAGAAGGCGGCCCAGCAGCUGGAGCGGGAGAAGCAGGCUGCUGCCACCAACCGGGUCCUGCUGAAGACAGAGCAGAGCUCGGGCCUGGGCAUCCAGGAUGGCAGGCUGGACAUGGUGGCGCGGUUCAAUGGCAGCACAGAGUCCCUGGACAGCCUGGACACCACCGAGGCCGUGUCCCCCACCGUCUCCCAGCUCAGCGCUGUCUUCGAACGGGCCUCAGAGCUCCGCAACAACCUGCAUCGCCUCUCCUCCACACCUCCGCUGCCCUCCCGGGGGGUCAGCACCAAGGUGGGGGUGCAGCUCAACUCUAAAAUCAUCUCUAAGAGGGCGAACCGGGCUUCUGCCCUCCCACCAACCAGCCAGGAGGAGGAAGGUGGUUGGGGCCGCAGCCAGAGGGACCAGGAUGGUCCUCCCAGAAGCCUCAGGGCCUCAUCCUCCUCCACCUCCGAUGGCCAAAGCGGAGGGCAGAAUGGAGGCCACAGUGGCCCCACACUCCCUGAGCCCAGAGAAGGCCGGGAUAAGACUGGGCCAGACUCUGGGUCCCAGGCCAAAAUGGAGGGCCAAUCUGAGGAUCGUUCUGGCGACCUGGAGCCCAGCAGCACCAUAGUUAAAUCUGACAUCCACCACUCCUCUCUGGAGAAUGGUGAGAACAGUACAGAGAGAGAGGCCCAGGUAAGGGAGACCUCUCCCAAGGGCACUAGCAGUGAGAGGGGGAGACAGGCAGAGGAGGGGGAAGAGAAGACUGUAAAGGAGGAUCAGUCAGGGGGUGAACAGGUGACUAUCAGAAUUUACAGCGCAGUGGGGGAGGACUCUGGAGGGAGCCAGCAGGAAGAGGAGGAGGAUGAAGAUGAGCCAUACGAGCCCGAGUCCAGCUGUCAUGAGAAACCUGGGCUGCCUGAAGAGGAGGACCCUCCACCCAGCCGGAAGAUCUGCUUCAGCACGGGGCCUAUCAAGGUGUUUGCCACCUACCCCAACGAGGACUAUGACCGUCGGAACGAGGACGUCGACCCCAUGGCUGCAUCUGCCGAGUACGAGCUGGAGAAGAGGGUGGAGAGGCUCGAUAUGUUCCCCGUUGCGCUGGAGAAAGAUGGUGAUGGGCUUGGUAUCAGUAUCAUUGGGAUGGGGGCGGGGGCAGACAUGGGCCUGGAGAAACUGGGCAUCUUUGUCAAGACGGUCACCGAUAAAGGAGCAGCGCACAGGGACGGCAGGAUCCAGGUGAAUGACCUGAUAGUGGAGGUGGAUGGGACCAGUCUGGUGGGGGUUACCCAGACCUUCGCUGCCUCCGUCCUCAGGAACACCACAGGCACCGUCAAGUUUCUGAUUGGUCGAGAGAAGCCGGGCGAACAGAGUGAGGUUGCCCAGCUGAUCCAACAGACCCUGGAACAGGAGCGCUGGCAGAGAGAGGUGAUGGAACAACGCUACAGCCAGUACAUGGAGGACCACGAGGGUGGUGAAUAUGGUACUGACGAGGAGGAGGAUGAUGAGGAGGAGGUCAGCCCCACACAUCCCUCUGCCAUCGAGGUGUUUGACCUGGCUGAGAACGAGGACAUCUCUCCACUGGAGACGGACCCUGAGAAGCUGGCCCAUAAGUACCAGGAACUUCACAUAAAGCACGCUGUAACACAGGCAGAGAUCCAACAGCUGAAAAGAAAGCUGAACCAUGCAAAGCAGGACAAGCAGCGCUGGCGUGUGGACAAGACCCAGCUGGAGCAGACCCUGCAGGAGAACAAGGAGCGCAUGGAGAAGCUGGAGGGUUACUGGAUGGAGGCCCAGAGUCUGUGUCAGGCUGUGGACGAGCACCUGAAGGAGACCCAGGCCCAGUACCAGGCUCUGGAGCGCAAGUACAGCAAGGCCAAACGCCUCAUCAAGGAGUACCAGCAGAAGGAGAUUGAGUACCUGAAGAAGGAGACUCAGCGCUGUCUUCAGGACGGGGCCGAGGCAUCACUGAGGGAGGAGUCAGGACAGCUCCAUGAACAGGUAGCAGACCUGGAAUGCAGGGUUGAGGAACUGAAAUCUGAACCUUUAUAAAAGCCUUGUUUUCUAAGAGAGUCUCUUCAAGGAUUGCCAGAAGUGAAUAGAGGAUAGUGUUAUUGUACUUGCAGUGGACCCAGGGUAUUUCUUGUCUCAAACUUUAGCCUGGUUUGCGGUCGAAUACAGGUACCCUCAGGCUUUGUUUUUCUUUAUGUAGUCUCUUUAUGUAACAACUCUUUCAAUCCUGUUUUGUUUUUAGAUUUCCCAGCUGGUAAUAUUGCCAAUAACUACUGGUUUGACACACAGUUUAAUCAACCUUUUUCUUAAUAUUCCAAAAUACUGACAAGAACGUCCAUGGAGCUCUAAUUGUUGCUGUUCCUAAUUUUUCAUUCCUAAUGUUCAGUAUUUUACAAUUUGAUCCCAAAUUGUGUUUUUGGGCGAAUUAGAAGACCGGGCUUUUGAUUUCAAUUGCCAAAACAAAUCAAAUGUCUUUAUUUUAUUUGCCUAUUUUGUAAGUGCCAUUUCAUUUUCUGGGUUGUCAUUGUACAGCUGUAAUACUGUAUGUGGUUUAUAAAACUAACGUUUGCUUUGUAUUCUUAUGAAUAUAUGUAUAACAUUUAACAUAUACAGUACGGCAUAAUGGACUCAACAGUUGGUGCUUAUGUGACUGAGGAAGAUGUGUAACUAGUCAAAUGUCCACACUGAAGAAGAUAUACACUACCGUUCAAAAGUUUGUGGUCACUUAAAAAUAUCCUUGUUUUUGAAAGAAAAGCACAUUUUUUGUCCAUUAAAAUAACAUCAUAUUGAUCAGAAAUACAGUGUAGACAUUGUUAAUGCUGUAAAUGACUAUUGUAGCUGGAAACGGCUGAUUUUGAAUGGAAUAUCUACAUAGGCGUACAGAGGUCCAUUAUCAGCAACCAUCACUCCUGUGUUCCAAUGGCACAAUGUGUUCGCUAAUACAGGUUAAUUGAUCAUUAGAAAACCCUUUUGCAAUAAUGUUAGCACAGCUGAAAACUGUUGUUCUGAUUAAAGAAGCAAUAAAACUGGCCUCCUUUAGAGUAGUUGAGUAUCUGGAGCAUCAGCAUUUGUGGAUUCGAUUACAGGCUCAAAAUGGCCAGAAACAAAGAACGGUCUUCUGAAACUCGUCAGUCUAUUCUUGUUCUGAGAAAUGAAUGCGAGAAAUUGCCAAGAAACUGAAUAUCUCGUACAACACUGAGUACUACUGCCUUCACAGAACAGCACAAACUGUCUCUAACCAGAAUAGAAAGAGGAGUGGGAGGCCCCGGUGCACAACUGAGCAAGAGGACAAGUACAUUAGUGUCAAGUUUGAGAAACAGACGCCUCACAAGUCCUCAACUGGCAGCUUCAUUAAAUAGUACCCACAAAACACCAGUCUCAACGUCAACAGUGAAGAGGCGACUCCGGGAUGCUGGCCUUCUAGGCAGAGUUCCUCUGACCAGUGUCUGUGUUCUUUUGCCCAUCUUAAUCUUUUAUUUUUAUUGGCCAGUCUGAGAUGUGGCUUUUUCUUUGCAACUCUGCCUAGCAAACACAACGUGCCAUUGGAACACAGGAGUGAUGGUUGCUGAUAAUGGGCCUCUGUGCGCCUAUGUAAAUAUUCCAUAAAAACAUCAGCUGUUUCCAGCUACAAUAGUAAUUUACAACAUUAACAAUGUAUACACUGUAUUUCUGAUCAAGUUGAUGUUAUUGUAAUGGUCAAAACAUUUAGUUUUUCUUUCAAAAACAAGGACAUUUCUAAGUGACCCCAAAUGUUUUGAAGGGUAGUGUAGCUUGAUUGAAUGUUUGGCGCGUCACUGGAAUGAAAGGGGCAAGAAGAGGCUAUUUCCUACAAUUACAUCAGGAAUCCAACUUAUGCAGGAGUUUGACACUUCAAGCAGUCAACUGCUGCCACAGCCAUACAGUAUGUGUAUUGUUAGUCAACUCCACUAUCCAGUAAUGGCUACUGAUGGGAUUCAGUAAGAGUAUACUAAACCUUCAGUAAUAACACCUUAUUUAACUAACUCAACUUCCAUAACUCCUUAUAAAAAGGAGAGAAUCCUCCAUAUGUGCUGUACCACAAAGGGACAUGACAUGAUUGGAAUCUUAGCGUUUUUUUUAUGUGAAUGUUAUCAAAGAUGUGUUCAACACCGGCUGAAUGGCAGACACAAGAACUGGUGACUGAUGGACUGAAAGAGGGACUAGGCAUAACUGAACUUGUCCAUCGUGAACACAACCAUGGACUUUGAAGGUGAUGAAACCUUCCUCCCCAUAAACAUCAUAUGUGAGGUAUUGGAGAAAAGCAAUGCGAAGAAACAAGUGUUGAUGAUUUUUUUAUUUUACCUUUAUUUAAAGGAGGAAUGGAAAGGAGGAAUGGAUUUCAGAGAGGCUAGACCUGGGGGAUUUCAUGAAGACAGUGUUAGAUAAUGUUAUCAAAUUAACACAUACUGUAUCUCAUGAGUGUUUUCAUCAGAUUUUAGGCUUGGACAGGGCACAUGCUUUGCAUUGUUUUGUGCAAUAAAUGGUGAACUGUGA